AUGGCUUCAAACGGGGCCCAGGAGGCUUUUGCGCCGCCUGAUGUGCUGGCUGCUGUUAUGACUAUGAGGAGCGGGGAGCAAGAGGCCAAGAAGCACGCCCACGAGUACUUAGAGAGGUUUCAGAAAUCAAAGGAUUCAUGGGCAACUAUAAUGGGUAUUCUGCAGUCUGAUGCCGAGCCAGAGGCAACCCUCUUUGCCGCCAUUACCCUGCGUGGAAAGAUCACAUACGACCUCUCUACCCAAGUUCCCGCGAACGAACUGCCUGCCCUUCGAAACCAAAUCCUCUUACUUCUAAAGCACUUCGCCCCGGGUCCCAAGCCUAUCCGUGUCCAGCUCUGUGUGUGUCUGGCCAUUCUAGCGAUCCAAAUGAAGGACUGGAACGAUGUUCUGCCUUCUGUCGUUCAGUCGCUUAGUGACAGCCCCGAGAGCCACGCCUGCAUUUUGGAUUUCCUGAGGGUUCUCCCUGAAGAAGUCACCGAGGGUCGAAAGAUCACCUUGUCUGAAGAAGAUCUUGCGAUGCGAACGCAGGCUCUCUUGGCCGAUAAUGCGGACCAGGUCGUCCAACUCCUUAUCAACUAUUCUCAGUCCUCACCGGCAGCCGCUCAGAACCCUCAGUUGAUGGAGUGCAUCACUUCCUGGCUUCGAGAGGUCCCAGUAGGCAAUGUUGUCAAGUCGCCUCUAAUGGAUAUUGUUUUCAACGGCACAACUAGCGAUGGUUGCAGUCAGGAGGCUUCCGAGUGUCUGUGCACCAUGCUUCGAGAGACCAGCGACGUCGACGAGAGUCAGGAGAUCAUCGAGCUACUAUUCCCACGAAUCAUCUCCUUGAAGCCCCAAGUGGCCAAGGCAGCCGAGGAGGAUGACACAGAGGCACUCAAGUCUUUGACUAAGGUGUUUGCAACUGCUGCAGAGAGCUGGGUCGUUGGAGUCGCCCGCCAACCUACACAUUUCCGACCACUAGUUGACGCUGUGCUGGAAUGCGCCUUGAGAGACAAGGAGCGCGAUGUCAUUGAGCAUACCUUUAACUUUUGGUACGAGCUCAAGCUCUAUCUUGUGCUGGAGAUCUAUAUUCAAGGUCGGCUUGAGCUUGUUGACGUCUACUCCAAGUUGGUGGACAUUCUCUUAAAGCAACUUGAAUACCCCAAGCCGGACUCGGGUAACGAAAAUGAUCUAUUCGACGGAGAUCGCGAGCAAGAGGAGAAAUUCAGAGAGUUUCGACACCAGAUGGGCGACACACUAAAGGAUUGCUGCGAGGUGAUGGGCGUUACGGACUGUCUCACUAAGGUUCUCCAAGCAAUUCAGCUGUGGAUGUCAAAGUACGCCAACCAAGUGAACGAUAACUCAGUACCUCACUGGCAGGAGCUGGAGGCGCCUUUAUUUGCCCUGCGCGCUCUCGGUCGCAUGGUGGACAAGGAUGAGAGUAUUGUGCUUCGCCAGCUUAUGCCUCUCCUUGUACAGAUGCCGAGCCACGAGAAGCUCCGCUUCGCAACCAUCAUGGUACUCGGCCGCUACACUGAAUGGACAGCUGCCCAUCCGGAAUAUCUCGAGCCCCAAUUCAACUACAUCGUCACAUCAUUCCAGUCGGAUUCCAGGGAGAUCAUCCGCGCCGCUGCCUUGGCUAUCAAGUUCUUCUGUACAGAUUGCAAGCACCUCCUGAGUGGCCAAGUGCUGCAGCUUCAGACCUUCUAUGAUGAAGUGUUGGAUAAGCUCCCAGACUUGAGUAAGGAAGAGAUCACAGAAGGUGUUGCUAACGUUGUGGCUUGCCAGCCCACAGAGGAGAUUUACCGAUUGCUCAAGCUAUACUGCGACCCAUUGAUCCAGCGUUUGAUGGCCAAAGCCAAUAAUGCUACAGACGAGGAGGGCAAAUUGGCGCUCGCUGAUCAUCUACAGCUCAUCACCAUCUUUGUUCAAUACGUCGUGCCCCCUGUGAGCCCUGGUCAGGAGAACCCUGCUGUCAAGUACUGGCAGGAGGUUUUCCCCAUCCUUUCCACCGUACUGGACAACUUCUUGAACUUCACUCCCAUCUGCGAGCGCGUCUGCAGGUGCUGGCGCAAUAUGGUCAUUGCCCACCGCACAGCCAUGACCCCUUUGCUCCCAGAAAUGGCAAACAAGCUUGCUGGCGGCUUCAACAACUCAAGGGAAGGAUGUUUCUUGUGGGUCACUUCAGCGAUCCUGCGCGAAUUCUCUGAAGCACGAGAGCACGUUGACCAAGCCACCACUGAGAACAUUUACACAUUUUUUGAAGCCCAGACAACAACUUUCCUCCGAGUCAUGACGGAACUACAACCUAAGGAACUCCCUGACGUUAUUGAUGACUUCUUCCGCCUUCUGAUUGACGCCCUUCUCUACUACCCCCAGAAGCUCAUUCCAUCUCAUCUUCUAAGGUCUGUCUUUGAGGCGUCCAUCUACGCUCUAACUCUAGAGCAGCGAGACCCUCUGUCCUCAACGCUGCAUUUCCUCCGUGAUCUCUUGUCAUACGGUGGUGAUAACCCUGCUAGUAGCGAUAGGCUACCGGAGACAACGGCUGCGGAGGUCAAGGCCAUUGUCAAGAAUCUGCUACUUACUCUUGGCGAGGGUCUGGUCAAGCAGGUCAUGGCGGGCAUGAUGAUCACUUUCCCCCGCGACUGUUUCGCUGAUGGCAGUGGUGUUCUGCUGGCGUUGUUUGAGCUGGUUCCUGUCCAGACUCACCAAUGGGUCUCCCACACAAUACAGCUACUACCAGAGGGCACUGUUUCCCCUGCCGAGGCCAACAGAUUCCUGAUCAAGAUCAAAGAGAGACUUGAGUCGGGAGACCCCAGCGCCAUGAAAAAUGUGCGCGCGAUUCUGCAAGAUUUCACCAAUACUUACAGACGACGAAAUGUGGCACCCCGCGACGGACUCGGCCAGCUCGAGGCCACGCGCUUCCAGUUCUCCGGUUAG